ACUUGAGUGAAGACGUUAACAGUGCGGACGCAGAUAUGGAAAAGGAUGCUCGACCUAACUGGGACAGUCCCUUGCAGUUCGUGUUGGCAUGUGUUUCUUAUGCUGUCGGACUGGGGAACGUGUGGCGGUUCCCCUACCUGUGCCAGAUGCACGGCGGAGGAAGUUUCUUGAUUCCAUAUCUAUUGAUGUUGUUAAUUGAGGGUGUACCCUUAUUCUACAUGGAGCUUGCCAUUGGACAAAAGAUGCGCUUGGGAAGCAUUGGAGCCUGGUCAGCAGUUAGCCCUUAUUUGGGAGGAGUGGGUCUUGCCAGUGUUGUGGCAUCCAUUUAUAUCUGCCUCUACUACAACAUCAUCAAUGCAUGGAGCUUCUGGUACCUCUUUAAUUCAUUUCAAUCUGUUCUGCCCUGGUCAAAUUGCCCGGUUAAUGCUAACCUGACAGGCCCUGUAGAGGAAUGCCAAAAGGCUUCUCCAACCCAGUAUUUCUUUUUUAGAGAAACACUGAACAUUGCUUCUUCAAUUGAAGAGAAUGGAGGCAUUCGAACAAGCCAGGCUUUGUGUUUCCUGCUGGCUUGGGUGAUUACCUACCUCUUCGUUAUCCAUGGAGUAAAGUCAUCUGGCAAGGUGGUUUACUUCACUGCUACAUUUCCCUAUGUGGUGUUGGUUAUCUACCUCAUUAGGGGUUUAACUCUUCCUGGUGCCAUCAAUGGUAUAGCAUACAUGUUCACCCCCAAGUUGGAAGAGCUGGCCAAUCCCACUGCAUGGAUAAAUGCUGCCACGCAGAUUUUUUAUUCUCUGGGUUUGGGAUUUGGGUCACUGAUAGCAUUUUCCAGCUACAACCAGUACAACAAUAAUUUUGAGUAUCAGGCCAUCAUUGUCUCUAUCAUCAACAGUGGAACAUCCAUUUUUGCUUCCAUCGUCACCUUUUCUAUAUAUGGCUUUAAAGCAACAGUUAACUAUGAAAACUGCCUGGAGAGGACACGCAUAUUGCUGCUGAAUACUUUUAAUCUCGCAGAGGACACUAUUAACAUGGACAAUGUGUUUGAAUGGGUUCAAAAACUCAAUGCAACAUACCCGGAGCAGAUCGCUGAGCUUGGCAAUAAACUGGAAGAGUGUGACUUAACGAGUGAACUCGACACAGCAGUGGAAGGUGUUGGUCUUGCCUUCAUUGUGUACAGUGAAGCCAUUCAAAACAUGCCCUUGCCUCAAUUAUGGUCAGUGCUGUACUUCUUCAUGCUCCUGCUCCUGGGAUUGGGUAGCAUGCUGGGCAACUUGACCGCCAUCACCACCCCACUGCGAGACUUUAAGCUAUUCGCUAAUGUUAGCAAUGAGGUGUUAAACGGGACAGUGUGUGUCAUCUUGCUGCUGUUCGGCCUGGGCUUUACCACCCCCUCUGGAAAUUACUGGUUUACCAUGUUCAAUGAAUAUGGAGCAUCUUUCUCCCUGCUCUUUGUCGUCCUCAUUGAGAUUAUAACCAUCAGUUAUAUUUAUGGACUUAAAAGGUUUGAAAAAGACAUCGAAGACAUGAUUGGUCACCGUCCAAACUGGUAUUUUAAAAUUACGUGGGGAAUAAUAAGUCCCCUUCUGCUAAUAUGCCUCUUCAUCUUCUACAUUGUCAACUAUAUUAGAGGAGGGACACUCACCUACCAAGCAUGGGACAGGAACCUGGGAAAGUCAGUGGCGACAGACUAUCCUAUUUUUGGUCAAGUCUUCAUUGCAUUGCUGCUGGUGUCCGCAGUCAGCUGUGUUCCCCUCACAGCUCUGUACGUGUACUGCACGAACAAGAAGCAAAGACUUGUUAAGGAGGGCCCUUCGAUCAGCACCAUAUCUGCUUAGUGUGUCUAAUUUAGGAUGAUGAAGCGUACCUUUCAUGGGACUAGCUUCCCAGGUACCAUUCAUCUCCCUUUCCUUCAUACGUAUAAAUUUUGAGUUUCAGAACGAUUUUCUCAAGGCACUUUACAGGUCACAGUGGGACAAGACGCGUGCUUCUCAGCUCCACGUGAGCAAGGAAACACUUCCUCUGAGAAAGAAACAUACAAUAAAAUUGCUGGUUUUAUGCCACCUAGAAAUAUUACACAUAGUGGCAGAAUGUAAUUAAGUUUGAAGAAAUGUGAAAGACAAUCUUUUGUUAGAAUGGAAUUUUGCUUUUGUCUCUGUAGCCAAAGUCUAUCAGAGUGCACAAUUGUCAAUUAGUGGCAAAUAACUCAGGUUCAUAGAAAACAACUAUAAAGGUAGUUUGUUAUUUUUAAAGUGUUGUUUAAACUGCCUCCACUGAAUCCAAUUAUUAUUCACAGUACUAGAACUGUAUAUUUCUUUAUAUUUACAGUAUUAUAUUGAAUUCAUUUUUAAAGCCCAACAGCUGCUUUCAUGCCCUUUUAUGAAUGUAUUAUUUAAUAUAAAUAACUUUAAUGAACCAGCAGCAUUUAUAUUGUAUAGAGUGUGAUUAUGAUACUGAUAUUAUUGCCACAUGUGCUUGGAAAUAUGUCAUGUAAUAUAUGUUCAUAUUGUAGAUAGUUGUGUUAAAUGUUGAAAUGGUCUGUAAGUGUACAAUAUUACUGUGUAUUAACUAUCACAUUUUCUUAUGACCCAAUAUUGAGAUACAAAUUGAUGUUCCUAACCUCUUACUUUGUAUUUUCAUUUGCAAUUCCCAUUAAAAAU